AAUUUUAUAAGUUUUUGAAUUUUAAUGCAUAGCCUUUUCACAUUAAAAUAACCUUCGUCAAUUAAGAUAUAACGAGGUAUAAAAUUUUUUUCUAAACUUUUAAGCCGUCUUUCUAUAGUUAUAAAAAUGGUCCUGAACAUCAAAUCGGUGCUUGUGGUUGAUGGUGUGGGAGCCAAUUGCGCUGAAAUCCUUAAUUCUCACGGAAUCAAAGUCACCACAAAGGCUAAGAUUACAAAGGCCGAACUCCUCAAGGAAAUACCGAACCACGACGCUCUCGUGGUGAGGUCAGCAACACAAGUGACAAAGGAGGUUUUGGAUGCCGGCAGCAACCUGAAAGUGGUGGGGCGCGCCGGCGCGGGCGUCGACAAUAUCGACGUCGCAGCUGCCGGCAGCAAGGGAGUUGGUGUCAUCAACGCGCCUGGAGCUAAUGCUUUAAGUGCAUGCGAGUUAACAUGCUCUCUAACACUAGCCCUUUCGAGGCACGUGGUACCAGCGGCGGCUGCGUUGAGGGCUGGACGUUGGGACCGUGCGUUGUACACUGGCUCGGAACUAAAUGGAAAGACUCUGGCAAUACUUGGCCUUGGAAGAGUUGGUCGAGAAGUUGCUAUUAGGAUGCAUUCUUUUGGCAUGAAGAUCGUUGGAUUCGAUCCCUUCGUGAGUGCGGAGCAGUGUAAAGAGUUCCACGCCACCAAGAUGGAGCUGAAUGAGAUCUGGCCUAUUGCAGACUAUAUCACACUACACACUCCCCUUAUUGAGUCCACCAGAAAUUUCAUCAAUGCCAAUGUUCUAAAACAGUGCAAGAAGGGCAUUAAGAUUGUAAAUGUCGGUCGCGGUGGUCUCAUAAACGAGAGAGAUUUACUGGAUGCACUUAAUUCUGGCCAGGUUGGAGGAGCAGCACUCGACGUAUUCGAACAGGAACCACCCACUGACCCUCUCACCCUGGAAGUCAUCCAGCACCCCGCGGUCGUUGCAACCCCUCAUCUUGGAGCAUCAACUAAAGAGGCUCAAGUGCGUGUGGGAUCAGAAAUUGCUGAGCAGCUAGUGAACCUAGUCAAACCAGGUACCUACUCCACACCUCUUGCAGAAGUCACCAGAGUUCUCAAUAAGUGAUUCGCUGCAUCGUCAACAUAAGUCUUCAUAACAAUCAUUCGGAUCUCGUCCUCAAAGAUUGGAAAGGAUCUUGGCUGUGACUGCAUUACUUCAAAUAUAUUUACAUAUUUGAACAUUCAUUAAAAUAAGUUAUUGCGUAUUUUACUAUGUCUAGUGGAUA